CGGCGGCAGCGGGAGUGGAGGCUCCCUCGUUAGAGGUGGGAGAACCGGGCAGGGGACUUAUUUAAUAUUUCAUCAUUGAACAAAUGUAUGAAAGUUUCUUGCCAAGGUUUGAGAAUUUCUUCGUUGGGACUUUUUAGAAGUUCCUUUUUUGGUGCCAUGUUUUAUGGCUUACAUCAAAAGAGGAGUUUGUCUUCAUGAAGAUUCCUAACAUCGGUAAUGUGAUGAAUAAAUUUGAGAUCCUUGGGGUUGUAGGUGAAGGAGCCUAUGGAGUUGUACUUAAAUGCAGACACAAGGAAACACAUGAAAUUGUGGCAAUCAAAAAAUUCAAGGACAGCGAAGAAAAUGAAGAAGUCAAGGAAACGACUUUACGAGAGCUUAAAAUGCUUCGUACUCUCAAGCAGGAAAACAUUGUGGAGCUGAAGGAAGCCUUUCGUCGGCGAGGGAAACUCUACCUGGUUUUUGAGUAUGUUGAGAAAAAUAUGCUUGAACUGCUGGAAGAAAUGCCCAACGGAGUGCCACCUGAAAAAGUGAAAAGCUACAUCUACCAACUAAUCAAAGCUAUUCACUGGUGCCACAAGAACGACAUUGUCCACAGGGAUAUAAAGCCUGAAAAUCUCUUAAUUAGCCACAAUGAUGUUCUGAAACUAUGCGACUUUGGUUUUGCUCGCAAUCUCUCAGAGGGCAAUAAUGCUAAUUACACGGAAUAUGUGGCUACAAGGUGGUACCGAUCCCCAGAACUACUACUUGGAGCUCCCUAUGGAAAGUCUGUGGACAUGUGGUCAGUAGGCUGUAUUCUUGGGGAGCUUAGCGAUGGACAGCCCUUAUUUCCUGGAGAAAGUGAAAUUGACCAACUCUUCACUAUUCAGAAGGUGCUAGGACCACUUCCAUCUGAGCAGAUGAAGCUCUUCUAUAGUAAUCCUCGUUUCCAUGGGCUCCGGUUUCCGGCCGUUAACCAUCCUCAGUCACUGGAAAGAAGAUACCUUGGAAUUUUAAAUAGUGUUUUGCUUGACCUAAUGAAGAACUUACUGAAGUUGGACCCAGCUGACAGAUACUUGACAGAGCAAUGUUUGAAUCACCCUACGUUUCAAACCCAGAGACUCUUGGAUCGCUCUCCUUCUAGGUCAACAAAAAGGAAACCUUAUCAUGUGGAAAGCAGCACACUGUCUAAUAGAAACCCAUCCAGCAAGGGUGCUGCCUUACAGACUCACCACAGAUCCAACAGCAAGGACAUUCAGAACUUAAGUGUGGUUCUGCCCAGGGCUGAUGAAGGCCUUCCUGCAAAUGAAAGCUUCCUAAAUGGAAACCUUGCUGGAGCUACUCUCAGUCCAAUGCAUACCAAAACGUACCAAUCCAGCACCCAACCUGGGUCUUCCAGCAAAGAUCUCACAAACAACAAUCUGCCACACCUUCUCAGCCCCAAAGAAGCCAAGUCUAAAGCAGAGUUUGACUUCAAUAUUGACCCAAAGCCUGCAGAAGGCCCAGGCACAAAGUACCUCAAGUCUAGCACUAGAUCUCAGCAGAACAGGCACUCGUUCAUGGAAAGCUCCCAGAGCAAAGCUGGCACACUGCAGCCUAGUGAGAAGCAGAGUCGGCAUAGCUAUAUUGACACCAUUCCCCAGUCCUCCAGGAGUCCAUCUUACAGGACAAAGGCCAAAAGCCACGGGGCACUGAGUGACUCCAAGUCUGUGAACAACCUCUCAGAAGCCAGACCCCAAAUCACGGAACCGAGUACCAGUAGAUAUUUCCCAUCUAGUUGCCUGGACUUGAACUCUCCCACCAGCCCAACCCCCACUAGGCACAGUGACACGAGAACUUUGCUCAGCCCUUCAGGUAGAAACAAUCGAAACGAGGGCACCCUGGACUCACGGCGAACCACCACUAGACAUUCAAAAACCAUGGAAGAGUUGAAGCUGCCUGAACACAUUGACAGCGGCCAUUCACAUUCACUAUCUGCACCCCAUGAAUCAUUUUCGUAUGGGCUAGGCUAUACUAGCCCCUUCUCCUCUCAGCAACGCCCUCACAGGCAUUCCAUGUAUGUGACCCGGGACAAAGUGAGAGCUAAAGGACUUGAUGGAAGCUUGAGCAUAGGACAAGGGAUGGCAGCCAGAGCCAACAGCCUGCAGCUCUUAUCUCCACAGCCUGGAGAACAGCUCCCUCCAGAGAUGACUGUGGCGAGACCUUCUGUCAAAGAGUCCUCCCGAGAAAGCACCUCUUCAUUCCACACCCGUCAGAAGUCUGAGGGUGGAGUGUACCAUGACCCACAUUCUGAAGAAGGCGCGGCUCCCAAAGAAAAUAGGCAUCUGUACAAUGAUCCUGUCCCAAGGAGAGUUGGUAGCUUUUAUAGAGUGCCAUCUCCACGACCAGACAAUUCUUUUCAUGAAAAUAAUGUGUCCACUCGAGUUUCUUCUCUGCCGUCUGAUAGCAGUUCUGGUACCAGUCAUUCCAAAAGACAGCCAGGAUUUGAUCCAUGGAAAAGUCCUGAAAAUAUUAGUCAUUCUGAUCAACUCAAAGAAAAGGAGAAGCAAGGUUUUUUCAGGUCAAUGAAAAAGAAAAAGAAGAAAACUCAAACAGUGCCCAACACCGAUAGUUCCGAUCUAUUGACAUUACAAAAAGCCAUUCACCCUUCUAGCACUGCAAGCAGCAGACCAAAGGAGUGGCGACCUGAGAAGCUCACGGAUCUACAGACCCAGAGUCAACCACUAAAAUCCCUUCGCAAGUUGUUGCAUCUCUCUUCAUCGACCAAUCACCCGGCUUCUACAGAUCCUCGCUUCCAGCCCUUAACAACUCAACAAACCAAAAAUUCCUUCUCAGAAAUGCGGAUUCACCCCCUGAGUCAACCCUCUGGUGGGAGCAGCAACAUCCGGCAGGAAACUACCCCAAAGGGCAGACCAGCCCUUCAGCUGCCAGGUCAGAUGGAUCCUGGCUGGCAUGUGUCCUCUGUGACCAGGAGUGCCACAGAGGGACCUUCCUAUUCUGAACAGCUGGGUGCCAAGAGUGGGCCAAAUGGGCACCCUUAUAACAGAACAAAUCGUUCACGAAUGCCAAAUCUGAAUGAUUUAAAAGAGACAGCCUUGUAA